AUGUCACGGAGCGUAGAGUUGGCCAAGUUGCUGGGUUUGAGGCUGGGCCCAGGCAGAGCUAGGAACUGGGGUCUCAGGGAACAGUUUGGGGGAGGAGGAGGGGGGACCACAUUAGGAACGAGCAGUUCUCUCACUGGUCUCUUCCUACAGGUGGUUGCAUUCUUGGCAAUGGUUCUGGGAACACAUACCCUCAGUUUGCGAUCUCCGAGGGACUGCCACCACUGGCCUAGCUGCUGUCCCAGCAAAGGGCAAGAAUUCCCUGAGGAGUGGAUGCAGUGGAACCCCGUGCCUGUGCAACCUCCUGAGCCUACUAGCAUUGCCUACCACUCAGAAUCGUGCAGGGCCAGUGAAGAUGGACCCCUCAGCAGCAGGGCCAUUUCUCCCUGGAGAUAUGAGUUGGACCGGGACUUGAACCGGCUGCCCCAGGACCUGUACCACGCCCGUUGCCUGUGCCCACAUUGUGUCAGCCUGAAGACCGGUUCCCACAUGGACCCUCUGGGCAACUCAGAGCUGCUCUACCACAACCAGACUGUCUUCUACCGGCGGCCGUGCCACGGCGAGCGGGACACCCACAAGGGCUACUGCUUGGAACGCAGGCUGUACCGCGUCUCCCUGGCCUGCGUGUGUGUGCGGCCCCGCGUGAUGGCCUAGUCGGGACGGCCUGAGGCUGCCCUUGUCGGAAAACUGGAACCAGUGUACAGCCACCUGCCACGAAGGGCCUGGACACCUGAAUGUACCUCCAACCACCACCUGGAGGCACGGGAUCCUGGGACAGGAUGGGGGGUUCUGGGGGGACCCUCACUUUUGCACUUUUAGAAGCACUUUGGAAGGGAGCAGCUGCUGCUCAUGGCUGGAGUCCUGGCGUUCCCUCUUGGGAAAGGUCUUCGAAGCUCUGCCCAUUUCUGGAGGCCACUCUCCUGUCCCUUCCUCUCUGCCCAUCCCCAGCUGCCCGGGCACAGCACAGGCACUUUUUCGAUAUUUUCCCCUUUGUCCAUGGAGAGCCCCCCGCACCCCCACACCCGUGUCACUUGUUCGUCAAAUAC